AUGACAUGUCCACUCUUGGGCCACCCAGUCUAUGCACGGUUACAUCUCUGGAUGGUGAUACGGCGCAUUAACGGUAAGUUCAUCAAGUGUACGGAGCGGACAAAACAUGUCCUGUACUGCUACAAGCCGCAGGAAGUAUAUCAAUUGAAGCUUGGAAAUCUAUUUAUCCUAGCGUUUGUCGCACGUCUACUUCACUAG